UAUAAUCACCACUCGAUUACAGUUUUUCGUCGUACCUCCACUUUCGUUUUUUCUUCCAUUUUCUUCCUCAUAAAAUCCACACCCAAUUAUCAAAUCAAACUCCAUCAAUCCCGGAUUCUUUCUUCUUUCUUAUGGAUUUUCAUCAAUUCCUCUCAUUCUUCACUCCCACUGCCGACCCACUUCGCCGGAAUUCCCACCGCCGCCCUCUUUUCCGGCGAUUCCUUCGGAUUCCAUCUGUCUAACCUGCCUCUCACUCGUCUAACAUUUUUGUGGACUCCGAUUUUCUUCUGAGAAAUCCAAGUAUAUUGUUCAGAAAUUUAUACUUUAAAAGGAAGAACCAAAGUUUGGGAUCAGUGGGGUUGUGAGAAUUGGAGUUCUAAGCUGAUGGGGCAUUUCUCCAACAUGUUCAAUGGGCUGGCAAGGUCAUUUUCCUUCAAAAAAGGUAGAAAUUCCGGGAGUCUAGGCGAUGAGGGAGGGCAAGAAGCUGCAAAAGCCAUGAUAAAGGAUGCAAAAAAGAAAGACUUGAUAUUAUGCACCUCCGGUGUCCUCAAUGCAGAAGGUUCGGAUACUUUUGCUUCAGUGUUCUCGAAGAAAGGCGAAAAAGGAGUAAACCAAGAUUGCUGCAUUGUAUGGGAGGAAUUUGGAUGCCAAGAAGACAUGGUAUUUUGUGGGAUUUUCGAUGGGCACGGACCUUGGGGUCACUUUGUUGCGAAGACGGUAAGAGAAUCAUUGCCACCUUCUUUGCUGUGCCAUUGGCAGCAAGGACUUGCUCAAGCUUUUCUUGACCCAGAACUGGAUUUAGACAAGAAGCAUCAGCGAUUUGAUAUAUGGAAGCAUUCUUAUUUAAGAACUUGUGCUGCCAUCGAUCACGAACUCGAGCAGCACCGUAAAAUCGAUACAUUUUACAGUGGAACAACCGCCCUGUCCAUUGUUAAGCAGGGUGAACUAGUUGUUUUGGCCAACGUAGGCGACUCCCGAGCAGUUUUGGCUACUACUUCAGAUGAUGGAAGUAUAGUACCGGUUCAGCUCACCGUUGAUUUCAAACCGAACCUACCUCAGGAGGCCGAGCGGAUAAUUCAAUGCAAUGGGAGGGUGUUUUGUUUAAGUGACGAGCCAGGAGUUCAUAGGGUCUGGCUUCCCAACGAGGAAUCACCGGGAUUGGCGAUGUCGAGAGCCUUUGGUGAUUAUUGUAUUAAAGAAUUUGGACUCAUUUCUGUGCCAGAAGUGACACAUAGAAGUAUAACCAGCAGAGAUCAAUUCAUUAUAUUGGCCACUGAUGGGGUAUGGGAUGUUGUUACCAACCAAGAAGCAGUGGAGAUUGUAUCAUCAACACCGGAUAGAGCGAAGUCAUCAAAACGUCUGGUCGAGUGUGCAGUUCGGGCAUGGAAACGGAAGAGACGAGGCAUUGCAAUGGAUGAUAUAUCAGCUAUUUGCCUCUUCUUCCACUCCUCAUCAGAGCAAGAUGAUCACCUUGUAUCCACACUAUAGGAGAAAAGGACCAAUUAGCAAAGUAUAUUGCUGCUCUCCUCCUUGUUCCAAUUGUGAUAUCAUCAAUUUUAAUAGUCUGAUAGAAAAUGGCCAAUUCUUCUUUAUCUGUUAACUUAUUAGCAUUUCAGUAGUAGCUUCGGGAGAUUUUAAGCCUUGCUUGGAAGCCAAAAUAGAUUAAAAUUUUAAUGCUAUAGUUUAGUGUUUGGCAUUCCCAAAAAGCUAAGAGAAAACCUUGCUGCUCAAGAUAUGAUUAGGUUAAAUUAUAAAUUUGUUUUACAAAGUUUAA